GGUCUUAGAUGAAUGUGGCUGUUGAGAGUAGCAAUAAUCCAGGAUGGCUACUCUGAUCUGUGUUGAUAAGGAAAAUGGAGAACCAGGCACCCGUGUGGCUGCUAAGGAUGGACUGAAGCUGGGGUCUGGACCUUCAAUCAAAGCCUUAGAUGGGAUAUCUCAAGUAACACCACGUUUUGGCAAAACGUUCACUGCUCCAUCAGCCUUACCUAAAGCUUCCAGAAAGGCUUUGGGAACUGUCAAGAGAGCUACAGAAAAGUCAGUGAAGACCAACGGACCCAGCAAACAAAAACAGCCAAGCUUUUCUGUCAGAAAGAUGACCGAGAAGACUGUUAAAAAAAAAGCUAUUCCUGCCUCAAAUGACGCGUAUCCAGAAAUAGAAAAAUUCUUUCCCUUCAAUCCUCUAGAUUUUGAGAGUUUUGACCUGCCUGAAGAGCGCCAGAUUGCACACCUCCCCUUGAGUGGAGUGCCUCUCAUGAUCCUUGAUGAGGAGGGAGAGCUUGAAAAGCUGUUUCAGCUGGGCCCCCCUUCACCUGUGAAGAUGCCCUCUCCACCAUGGGAAUGCAAUCUGUUGCAAUCUCCUUCUAGCAUUCUGUUGACCCUGGAUGUUGAAUUGCCAGUUGUUUGCUAUGACAUAGAUAUUUAAAUUUCUUAGUGCUUUAGAGUUUGUGUGUAUUUGUAUUAAUAAAGCAUUCUUUGUUUAACAACAUAAUAAAUACA